AUGAAACGCACCAGACGCAGCUGGACAAGCAAGGAGGAUGAGCUCCUCCGCAAGCUGGUUCAGAUAGCACUCGACACCUCCCACACGGUCCUCUGGAGCGAGCUCGCCCAGAAAGUCCCCGGCCGCUCGAACAAGGACUGCCGCAAGCGAUGGUGGAACACGCUGGCCGGCGGCAACAUCAAGGGCGCCUGGUCGCCGGAGGAGGACCAGCGACUCAGCGAGGCGGUGCGGGAGCAUGGCAACAACUGGACUCAGAUCGCCGCCCUCGUGGGGUCCCGCUGCGCUGAUCAGUGCUCCAGUCACUGGCGGCAGGUGUUGCGGCCCAAUGUCAGUUAUUGUAACUGGACUGAACAAGAGGACGAAGAACUUCUGAAGGCGGUUCAGACGCAUGGCACCAAUUGGUCGACGAUUGCAGCGUUUCACCAUCCGCCGCGGACGGGGCUGGGCCUAAAAAAUCGAUAUGCCAGAAUCCGGGCGAAAGAAAAGGACGCA